AUGUUGCUCACCGCAACAACGGUUCUGCUAGUCUCUGUUGCAGCGGCCUUUCCUGCACCCUUAAUCACGCCGUACUCCCAACUACGAUCCCUUGAAACAAACAACACCGUCUCCAGCUUCAAAGACAUUCCUAAGAGCUCGAAACUGCAAUGGUUACCCUGCUACAAACGAUUCGAGUGUGCAAAUCUAGAAGUCCCGCUGGAUUACGAACAGCCUUCCCUGGGGCCCACUGUUGUUCCAUGGAUACGUUUGAAAGCUACCAACAGCAGCGAUAUCGAUGUCAUCUACAAUCCUGGAGGUCCAGCUGGUUCGGGCAUUGCUGCAUUCCUCGCAGGAUCUGGUGACAGGAUCAUGGAGUACACGGGCUCGAAGUACAAUGUUGUCAGCUUCGAUCCGCGUGGAGUCAAUGCCAGUGAUGUUGACUUGACCUGUUUUCCUGGCGAGGCAGACACUCGCGAAGAAUUUGAAAACAAUAAAGCCUCGCUCUCGACACCACAGGAGGAAUAUGCUCAAGCCGUCGCCAUCGGCAAGUGGUGCACGGCGGCGAACAAGAAUACCACUGCUCGUUAUGCUGGCACUGUGGCUAUUGUACAGGACAUGUUGCAUUUCACUAAAUUGCAGGCUGCUCUGAAUGGCAAGGAGCCUGAGCAGGCUCUCGUCUGGUACUAUGGACUCAGCUACGGCACCGUCAUUGGCCAUACCCUCGCAAACCUCUACCCCAGCCGCGUUGGUCGCAUUAUCCUCGACGGCAAUGUGCACAGCGAAGACUACUAUAAAGGCAUUGUCUACGACAGCGUUUCAACAUUCGACAACUCAAUGCGGUACUUUUUCAGAGUCUGCGCCGAGGCUGGCAGCAAGAAAUGUGCUUUUGCCACGGACUCUACUGACGCUGAUGGCCUUGAGAAGCGCUUCGAUGCCUUGCUCAGUGAUCUCGAGAGGGAGCCUCUUCAGUCCAUCGAUCCAAAACAACCUGUUCCAUUUAUUAUCACUCGCGACCGAGUGGUUGAGAGAGUGUUUUCUUGGACCUACAACCCCUCCCGAGACUUCAAACACAUUGCAGCCGUAUUGGCUGGCCUCGUGGAGAAGAAUGCGACCAUCUGGAAUGAGGCAGGACGAAACACUAGCCGCGAUGCUAAGCCUGAACCUGAGCCAUUCGACUACACGGCAGCCGCUUUUCGUGAGGCUCAGAGGCUCAUCACUGCCAUCGAUGCCGCUGAUCGCUACCCUGUCAAGAACGUCGACAAUUACCUCGCCGUAGUAGAGCGCAUCUCGAAGACCGGCAAGUGGCUAGGUAAAGAUUAUGCAGUAGGGAACCCUCUUUUCGCCGCAGGCAUGUCGAUCUUGCCGCCCAAGAGCCAGACGUUCCCCGGCUUCAAUAAGACCAAGACCCUUAACCCAGUACUCUUCGUAAAUCCGGAUGCAGACCCUGCAACACCGCUCAGCAGCGCACAGUACAUGUCGAACUUCUUCGAGGGCAGCGCUGUCGUUCAGCAGCGAUCUGGAGGCCACACUGUUAGCGGUGUAGAGUCAUCCUGCACGCUGAAGCACAUGGCGGCAUAUCUCGAAACGGGCAAGGUGCCCAACAAUGGCACGGUGUGCGAGACAGAUAAGAGGCCGCUGAUGGACGUGCAAUCAAAGCGGGGGUUGGCAGCUCCUGUACCAUUAUUUUAA